AUGAAAUAUAAAAAAUAAAAGUGAGGUUAUUUAAUUGGCUGCUGGUUUUCAGGGCCUCUGUGGGGACGGAGCGCGCGUCACGUGGAGGCAGAGGCCCUGAUUGGAGGGGCUGCCGGGAAUUAUAAGGGGAGGGGGGAACCGGAGCGGAGAGUSGCACAGAAGCAGCUGGCCUCAGGUCUGACACGAACCAGCCUUCCACCAUGAGUCCAGCAGGACCCAGAACCCUGCACAAUUAAAAUAAUAAUAAUAAUAAUAACAAACAAAAUCCUCAAAUCUGGGACAAAGUGCGCGCGGCUUUCCUGAGUCUGAUUGUUUUUUCUCCUGGAGGCUGAAGGCGCGCAGCUGCUGGAGGAUUUCUGCUGUUUUCUUUGAACCUGAAGAGGAAUUUGUUGUUGUUUUUCCGCCCGACAUGGAGUACACGUCGUCCCCGAAACCGCAGCUCUCAUCCCGGGCGAAUGCUUUCUCCAUCGCCGCCCUGAUGUCCAGCGGGAAGUCCAGCAAGGACAAGGAGGAGGAGGAGAACACCAUCAAACCUCUGGGCUCUACGUGCACCCGGACUCUCCGUUCACCGGAGAGCAGCUGAUGAAGCAGAUGGUUUCCUUUGAGAAGGUCAAACUGACCAACAACGAGCUGGACCAACACGGACACGGAAAGUGUUGAGAAUCUGAUCCACAAGCACUCGUACGCCCGGUCCCCCAUCAGAACCUACGCUGGAGACGAGGAGAACCUGAGCGAGGACGGGCACACGGCACACAGCAGAGGUUCAGCGUUUACCGCCUCAGACAACCUCUCCCUGAGCUCCUGGGUCACCACCACCUCGGGGUUCUCGGGCUUUCAGCACCCUCAGUCCCUGUCGGCCAUGGGCGCCGGCGCCGCCUCCUUAGCCCACCCCAUCCAGGGCUCGCUGCCCCCUUACAGCAGGUUAGGCAUGCCGCUGACUCCCACCGCUCUGGCUGGAACCAUGCAGGGCAGCGGGCCGUCCUUCCCGUCCUUCCACAUGCCCCGCUACCACCACUACUUCCAGCAGGGGCCCUACGCCGCCAUCCAGGGACUCCGCCACUCCUCCACGGUCAUGACCCCCUUCGUAUGACUCCGAGCACCGACUCGCUCCUCAUCCUGUCUGCACCGGUUCCUCCAGUCGUUGUAAAUAAUUCCCCUGCAGUGAGAGAGCCGACGGUUGGGACGUGAAUCUGAAACGGACUUUGGUGCUCCUUCARGACCAGCAGACCUCCCCUGUGGUAUUGUAAAAAGACUGACGACCUCAACAAAAACUUUGAAACCAAAUGCAAGAUGAAAACACGUGCAUGUUUAUCUCAGCCUUUGAAGAACACAAAGAAAAGUCCAUUUAAAAAAAAAAGGAGGAACCCUGUUUCUUCCAACAACAGCUGGCUGCCGUGUGACCCUUCAAAAUAAAAGUUGUUGGACAGUUUCAGUUUGAAGGACAGGACGGUCGUACAGAUUAGACUCCCAGCUCUGCRCUCUGGUGAUAAUAAAGUCAAAAUGUGUUUUAAUACACUUAAAGAAGAAAAAGAAACGCAAAAAACAGAAACAUUUAUUCWUAGACAAACUAUAGGACGCAUGCUGACUGCAGUAGAUAAACACGUUUCCCUGUAUGUGAUAASCUGGGAAGGAGGAGCUCACCUGUGAAUGAAGUGAACUUUAUUUAAAGGCCUGGUCACACCAGGAAGCAAAGAGCUGAAAACCUGCAGCUGCUUUUUUAUUGACACUUAUAGUAUAACAUUCUCAAACCAACCAAGCUGUUUAUUACAAAGAUCCAGGCCAAAACAACUAAUCCAACCACUGGAGUAAAAACUGAAUCAGAUUAGUGUGCAUGAAAUACUGUGUAAAAGUUUUAAACCCACUCUAAUUGCUCCCUAAAAGUCACAGCUUCUUGUAAUCUCCUACAGAAGUCUCRAUCAGUUAUUCUUUGGGGUUAAUUUUGUUUGUUUGUUGAACAUUAGAAGCAUUUUCCUUUGUUUUUGGUCUCUCCUUUUUACMUGAUCAUGACAGUGUAUUAUCUUAACAUAUCCAAGAAGACAAAAUAAGGAAAAAUAAAAAGUGCUAGACCUAAAACAGCAAAGCAAUAAGCUCUGCCAUUAAAAAACAAGAAAUAAUCCAGUAAAAGUGAUGCAUCAUCCUUUCGUUAUUCAUCAACAGCUCUUUUAAAUCACUUUGUUGGCGCUACUUUAUAAUAAUGUGGUAUCUUCAGUCAGUUCUAUAGAUUCAACUAAAUAAAUAUAAACUGUGCUUGGUGACAGGCUGCUGUUUUUAAGGCAUCUGAAGAAGAUUUUUUUUUUUUUGCUAAAUUAUCUGUUUUAAACCAACCUGAAACUGGUUUAUCCCUCUACKUUAGGAAUCAAUUUUUAAUGACUGAAUGGUUAAAAUGUCAAAAUGAGGCAAUAAUUCUCAUCGAGAACUAAACACAAAAUAAGAAAAGUCAUAAAAUCAGCCCACAAAAACAAAAACAAACAGAAGCAAAGUUAAAGACGUGUUGCUCAAGAAAUAUUUCAAAUGUUGCAAAUAAGUCAGAUUACUUAGAAGAUUUAUUUUAACAGAAUCGAUUAAAACUUUUACACAAUAUUCUAUCAACUAUUAAUAUGUCAGAUUUUUCUUUUAACCUAACAUUAAAAAAAAUAUUUAAACUGACUCUCUGUGAAGAAGUCAGGAAUAAUAAUUAAAAGUACAAUUAACUUCUCAAAUUGGCUUAAAUUCAUUUAUUUUUCAGAAAAGGUCACUAAAAUAAGACAGUAAGGUUUCCAGCUCCAAACAUUCUGCGUGAAAGUGUAAAAAAUAUUUAUUUUUUUGUAAAUUUGGAACUUAACCAAGCAAAAUGAUUAAUUAUAUCCUCAUUUGAUGCACUCUUUAAUUAAAUUUAUUGAAGUAAACUGAAAAGAAUCUGUUUCUUCUCAUCUAACUGGCUUUAAAGCAAACAGAAGCAGCUUGUCCUCAGCUACCUGCAGCCUUUUGGCCGACUGAAGCAGGUGAGCUGAUAAACGAGCUGGUCCUGGUGUCGACAGGACUUCCACACCUGGAAGUAAUGGUUGUGUGGCUUCGUUUAAAAGCACACAGAGAAGAGGAGGCUGGAAGCUGCACGGGUCUGACCGGGUUUGCUUUUGGAAAAAAAACUACGACAAAAAGCUGCAGCUGAGCAGUUAGAUGUUAUUCAGGCUACAAUCAGGCUAAAAUGAUGCAAUAAGAUGCAAACAGGUGAAGAUAGUUUCAACAUACGAUGGAGAAUAGGAACGUGGAGGUUUUUGGCAGCAAGACCUAAUAUUUGUCCUAAAAAAACAACUUUUGUGUUUGCAUGAUGACUCAAGCUUAUAAAGAGCAGUGAAUGAUGCACAGUUGAUCUGCUUUUUGCCCUUUGUUUAAUUUUACAUCAAUGUUUUUCUGACGUAGAGCGUUUGGUUUCCAUCAGUGUAAAUGUUGAACACCUCUGAGUUUGGACUUAUCACUGAAAAUGUCUUUUUAUUAGCAUUAUUUUUGGUUUAUUGUUUUCUAUAUCAUAAUUUAAUCUGUUUUUAAGGUUUUUAAGUGCAAUAUAUUUAUUUUUGCUCUGUGGAAAUAAUGUGUAAUGUACUAUACCACAUUAAAAAGUUAUUUGUAAACCAUAUCACCACCAAAA